UUCCGGUAUUCAGGCCCCGCCCCCCGCACGGACCGCGGAUUUUUGAAAAUAACGAGUUCAACAACAACACGUAAAUCAAAAAUAGUUGUCCGGUAUACGCAGUUUUCAGUAUAUUCGUAUUUGAACAUCAUGACGUCCAUUACUGACCCAAACUUGAGUGAUAGGUUUGCCAGCGCAAUGGAGGAGAUCCACAACAAACAGCUUAAGACAUAUGAGGAAAUCAUCGACAUCACUUCUGACUUGUCCCAGUCACACAAACACUUUGUGAAGUCAGCACUUGAUACAUGUUUAAAGAAAUGCAAGGAUGAUGAGAUGCUGUUUGAGACAAUACAGGCGUUCAAAAGAGACCUGGAACACAAAAAUGCGUCGCUGAAGGAGAAGCGGCAUGCCGUAUCAGAAACGAUGUCUGAGAUUCAGGAGAAAGAAAUAGAGAAGGAAGACCUCAUGCAGAAGAUUGAGAAACUUAAAGAGGAACAAACCAAAAGAAAAGAGUUAAUCGAAUCUCAAAAUAAAGCAAACAAAGGUCGACUAAGGAAUCUCCAGAAAGCCAGACAUGUCUUUCAGGAUCAUCUGGGUCUGGAAAUACGGACAAUUCGGGGUGAAUCGCAAUUAGUUAAAGGUGAAAAGUUGCAGUUUGUUUUCCGAAACAUCAACCCUUCUGAUGAGGACAGCGCCUACGUUAUCACAAUGGGGAUUACAGAAAGUGGAUCAUACCAGAUCGUGUCAAGUGACCCUGUGCUUGAGUGUCUGUCAGUCUUGGAGAGACGUCUUCAGGAGACCAAUAAUUUACCGGCUUUCUUGGCCAAUAUCAGGAAUGAGUUCAUCUGUCUGACGCGCCGUUAAGAUUGAAAGAAAGAAAGAAAGAAAGAAAGAAAGAAAGAAAGAAAGGAGGUUCUUGCUGCAGCAUGAGCUACUGAAAGCAAGGAGGAUGACACACAGUCAUCAGAGAGGGAUUAACAGGUCUGUAAAUAAAACAUCAACUGCCUUUUAGAUUUGAAAUAACUAUUAAAAGACACUUAAGUAGUUAACACAAGUUAACAAAUGUCCUGUCUUAUUAUUGAGACACUGGACCUGUUACUGGAUUACAGGAAACAAUGUGAUUGGCAUUGAACUGAAAAAUAAUCACCUUUUGAUGUAAACACCUUUAAUUUAUUUUAUGUUAUCGUUCAUUUUGCCCACGGUAGGAACAUCACAGAAGUACUGCAGUUUUAUUUUCCUUUCAAUCAUACUGAUGUAAUGAAGUAUGUGUUCAUUAAAUACUCUCAGUUUAAGUGUACACAAUGUAGAAUAAAUAAUGGAAAAAAUAACAUUAAACAUGACAGUUCUUAUAAAACAUGAAACUUACAAAAUACCCAGUGGUGGGCUGUGGGAAGAAAAACAAAGACUCAUUCUGAAAGCUUUUGUCUAUUAACCAUUUUAAGUCAUGAAUGAAACUACCCUGUACAUACACAGAAACUUAGACAUCUUUGAUAUUUCACUGCUGUUUAAUUUUUGGCCGUGUAGAAAUGCAGUAUCUCUUGUGUAUCUUUUGCUGUUCGUUACUCUGCUCAGUCAGGCGUCAGAUGUUUCAACACUGGUCAACAUGGGUAACUCCUCAACGUAGGUUGACGGGAAGUGGCCCGUCUUCCCGCUAAGAACGCCAAACCACCAACCAUUUUCUUCCUUGGAGUAAAUGUCUAGAAGAUCUCCUGCGAAAGAAAUCGUCAGUUAUCAAUCUUUACCUUUGUUGAAGAUAAUUUGCAGCUGAGUCUCUAUUUACCUUCUUUCAAAGCCAGCUCAUCGUCCCGUGUAGGUGUGAAGUUGUACAGUGCUUUGCAUUUCCCGAUGCUGUUCAACUCUGGUCUCGUUUGAUCUGCUGAAUGUUUUCAUUGCUUUAAUUUCCUGAUGCAUUUACAGAUGUUGUAAUUAGAAAUAAAUGUUUAUACUCUUAAA